AAUCAGGACUCUCUCAAAUGUCAUUUUGGCAAGCUAUAGUAUUGCAAACCAAAGCGAUCUCUGCCACACGUGUUUUUUCCUCGCAACGCUUAUAAAUUACGAGAUAAGCUCUGAGUCUUAUAGAAAUCCAGAGUAAGAUAUGAAACGUCAUUAUUACAAUACUGGGGAUGACCAGCAGGAGGUGGAGAGCUCUCCAAGUCCGCCGCCUCCUCCGCCUUUCCAAUCGCCAUUAUCAUCGCCCGAGUCUUUGCAGACCCCGGAUGGAUAUCCCAUUUUGUACGUGGAUGUGGUAAAGAAUAAGCCCAAACAGGAGUUGCCGCCGUCCGCAUCACCGUCCCAACCACUUGCGCCGGAGUUCAGCAUCUUUCGCGAAGAUUUUCCGGCUCUGCCAGGAUCAUUACCAUCUGCAUUACCAACCGCAUUACCAACGACAUCGAGCCCUGUGGUGCCCGACGACUGGACAGCCAUGAUGAGCAACAGCGAGCAGGUCGAACUCGCCAAAUUUCGAAAUACAGUUAUCCGUAAUUCCAGUGAUCCGUGCGUUAACGCUAACGGCAACGAGGUGCUCCGUCAGCCAACCCAUGCUCCCGAGAAGCGCCAGAAUAUGGAGUUGCUGCCCCAUAUGUACGGUUAUCUCGGCAAUCCGUUCCGUUUAAAUUUGAGCAUGAUAUUUACCAAGCAAUUCCUGCUCGAAGGCGUCAGGCAGAGGGCUAUAAAUGCGGCCCACAAGAGGGCUGCCCUGGCAAAACCAGCAAUCCAACCACCACCCGGAUUCGAGAAUUGCAAAAUUUUUGCCCGCUUGAUAACCAACAGUGAUGGUAUGCCACUGGGUGGAGUCACAUUUGAGCUGGGCUCACCCACUAAUGAAACGACUUCGAAUGUGGAGGCGAAACCUUCGGGUUCCACCAUUCAGGGAGCCUUUGGGAUGUUGGGACUGGCCAAGAAACUGCGAUCGAUUAAUCAGAACCCGCUUCUAUUCGGAAAUAAUGUUGCCCACAAUAUAGGCGGAGCCGCGGACUCGAUCUUUACCGGGCCAAUUCAAGAAGCCCGUUUGACUCCUCAGGAGAUGAGCUACAAAUUGCCAUUGAACUAUCUCUUCAAUGUAAAUAUGAGCCUACAGGAGCCCAAAAUCGAGGAAAUGCAUGAUGAGCUCCUAUUUUUCUUCUUCUACACAUAUGCUGGCGACAUGAUGCAGAUGCUCGCGGCUGCUGAACUGGCGGAACGUGGAUGGCGCUAUCACAAGUAUGAACAUUUCUGGGUCAUUCGCCAGGCGGACAAUCCCAACUACUUAUAUCACGGAUUCCGGGAGUUCGGAGAGUACAAUUACUUCAACAUGUGGCAGUGGAAGAUCCUGCCACGACACUUUUACCUGGAUCCCGAGAUCCUGGAGCGCACUCUAUCCAAGGAAGAGCUGUAUGUGACGUACGGAUACCAUCCCCAGAUGUCGGGUAUUUAGAAGAAAGUUCUUUUGUCAUCAAUAGCCAGGGAUAUACGGGUUUAAAAAUUCUCUCUGACGCUGUAGCAUCUUUUUUAUAAAAACAAAUUAAAUUUUUUAUAAAU